AUGGCUGACAACCCGGACGAUUACUACCCGGGCUGCGUCACCCUGGACACCCCAGACACCUCUUGCGCCGCACCUUACAACCCAGGCCCCGUCAGCCUGGAACGCCUUCCCCCCGAUGCGUUCAUACCCGUACGCAACUUCAUGUCCGGUGAGAUGAACGCACUCGAAUACCCGCGCGCCGAACCCGUCAUGGCCUCGGACUCCUUUGACCAAGACAGCAUGCGCGCGCAGCUCAAACUCGCCGUCAAAGGUCUCGCAGCGGCGCUGAACGCGAUCUACUACAACCCUUUCAUCCGCGAGAUCGAGACGAUGGAGCAACUCUUCGCGGGGCACAUUCAGCAUAGGAUUGUGCUUUUUGACACGGGGUCGCAUGCGAUGGAGCAGUGGCGGCAUGGGGAUGAGAUUCACGUUGUUUGCUUGAGUCAGAUGUUUGAAUCGACCUUUUGGGACGUUGUGAAGGAGGAACUCAAGCUCAAAGACGAUUUUAAGCAACCGAAGGAAGGGUGCCUGGAGUUGUCGGCCCAUGGUCUGGCGAGGAUCCAGGGUGCGCAUGCUGCGCAUACCGAGAUUAUCAAAUUGUGUCAUAUGAGUAACGCCCGCUGCAAGCUCUUCCUCCACUGGACAAAGAUGCCAGCAGACUUCUGCAACAUCCUCAAGGACCACAGAGACUUCCCAACUUCACCAGGCCGGCAGUCCGAAGCAGCAGAUGACAGCUUCGUCAUGGUCAGAGACACUCAGUCGCUCGCCCAUAGGAUGAGGCCCAAGGGAGGUCCCAAAUGGAAGGACCGCGCAGGAGUCGAGUGGGGGGGCAAAUCAGCGGGAGCGCCGUGGGGAUAUAUGCCAUCCUUCACCUUAGCAUACUGCAUCCUCCGCCGCUGGGCACUCACGAACGGCCUCUACGGCCUCGAGCUCGGCUACCUCGACGACGAAACCCUGCUCUGGACCAUCUACGCUGCCGUGGACGAGAAAGAAGGGGUCGACCUCAACCUCAGCUUUGGAAACCUCGAGAAAGCGUUCUCCGCCAUCGGCGAUACCUACGAAGCCCCCAUCGACAUCCGCUCCCCGACCGGCGAACUGAGCACCACCCAGCUCACCCCCAGCGCCAAGCGCAGCAUCCACACAGCCAUCCUUCGCGGGACGCAUGUCCCCGGCCCCGACGAUGAGUACAUCGCGCCCCCCAACCCCACCGGCCUACAGGACUUCCUCGCCGAGUACAGCAGCACCCUCUUCCUCGUCGACUGCGAGAAGACCACCCAAGCGCCCGCGCAGCUCGAUCGUCUCCGCCGGCAACUCAUCCAGCGGGUCGUCGCCCUGGAGCCUCUUCUCCGCGAGUGGAAGGACUCCCGUGGGGUCGGCGGGCUGUACGUGCGCAUCUGGCCGGACCUGCUCGUGGAGAAGGGGCGGCAAGACCGGUGGGUGUACGCCUUCGGCGUCGGGCGUUCUCCGCCGUUGGGAGAGGAGGAAGGGAAGUAUCUCUCUGGCUGCGUUGCCGGCAUCGCCGACUUCUUGCGGGAAAAGGCGCCGGAGCACGACUGGCGCGCGGGGUUGAUCGAGGUGCGCGUCGCCUCCAAAGAGGACUUCGCAGCGCUUCUCCCCGAGCGCGUCGUCCAGACCGGCGCCUUCUCGACCGCUGCGCCGGGGGAUGCUUUGCCGGAGGCCCCGGGAACCUCUGGUAAGUUCUCCAGCGCGCGGCAGGCGAUCGGGCGGCUGCGGCAUGAUCCGCGGCAUGCGGGGAGGGAGUACGAUGUUGGGUACGAGGACAGGUUUGAGGGCUUGCAAUGGGUGGCGCUGGAGGAGUGGGGUGGGAAGGAGACGGAGGAGGAGGAGUGGAUUCCGGAGCAUCGGGUGAGGCAGUUGAGGAGGAGGGGGGAUGGGGUGGUGAUGUGGGAUAGGGAGAAGAGGCUGGAUUUGUUGGGGUGA